GCACAAUAAAUCCACUGGCUGGCGUCCCUGAGCCAUCAGGCGGGCUGUUCGCCACGCUGACUGUGGACUCUGUCUGCUGGGAGAGCUGCUAGCCCUGUGCAAUCCCCGUGCCGCCCCUGGGUUGGGACAGCACGUGGUGCUCGGGAACAGGCAGCCACCGAGUGAGCCGGGCAUCAUGUCUCCUCUGCGUGCUGUUCUGUUCUCUCUGCUCUUCAUCACCGCCUCGCGGGCCCAGGACGGCGCAGUGCAGGGCACCACUGUGGGCUCCAGCACGCUGCAGCCCUGGCUCGUGGGGCUGACAGCUGUCGUGGUCUUCCUCUUCAUUGUUGUCAUGCUGAUGAUCAUCAACAGAGUCUGGUGCUACAAGAAGCACAGGAAUGAGGAGGAGCCCCUGGAAGAACCUGCCCAAUCCAGCAGGACGGUCUCAAACCCCUACGACAACCUGGUGCUGGAGGAGGACAACGAGGAGGAGCUGAAGGGGAUGAAGGAGAAUAAAACGACCUCCCUGUGAGGAGCUGGCGAGCCUGGUGGGGUGGGAGACCACGGUACCCCGCUGGGCUGCCUGGCACACAAAUCAACUCGCUGCUUCCCCGCGUCUCUGCCCAGCUCCGCCUGGCCCCUCUCUGUCCCAGCACAAGCGAGCAGCCGGCCUGACCCACCCAGCAGCCUCCCCUGGGCCAUGCAGGCUGCCCAUGUGGCUGCUCUCUUCUGGGUGCUGCCAUGCAGGGCCCGGGGUGCAGCGGGCACAGAUACCCAC